AUGACGAUACUCGGAUUUUCGGAAUUUUCUGGGAAUCCGGAGAAACUUCUAGAAGAUGUGCAAUGUAUCGGAAAAUUGGAUGAGCAUGAAAUCGAUGGGACAGAACUCGACUUCAUUUUCUCCUGGAUUUCACCCUAUCCUCUUUACGGAUUGCUCAUUCUUCUCAUGAUUUAUGACAAAUGUCUCCUUGAUUUCGACCCAAUCCCCUUGGUAUUCAUGUUGGGAGCAAGUUUCUCAUUUGAAAUGCUUCAUUUUAUUUUGUUCUGUCCGCCGAAAAACUAUAAAGGAGGGAAUUUGGAUCUCAUAGAUUUUCAUAAAUAUUCGAGAGAAGGAGAAAUGACCAUCACUCUAUGGAUAGUAUGUUACGUUGUGAGAGAAUAUGCCUCAAAAUUCCUUCCAUAUUCUUUUCCUAUUCAAAUUAUUGGAUUCAUUUUUGCAAUAAUUGGAACUUGGAGACUUUUUCAUUUCUAUAGACAAGGAGAUUGGAUGAGAGAAUCUGAAAAUCUAUCAAUCGUCCUAUCAAUCUUCACCCAAACCAUCGGAAUCCUUCUCCUCCUCGGAAAUCGAUUUUUCAAUAUUCCACAAUCAGAUUUUUGUGCUUUUUCAUGUUUGAUGGGUGUCGUUUUUCAUUUACGAUUUUCUUAUUUUUUUGAAAAUCCGCUAAAAAUCGAAUGUCUACUCACUAUUGUACGUACCAGAGCAUUCGUGAAGCACUGGUAUCCUUGGAUGGUUGUUUUUAAUGGACUAUUGUGGUCCGGACUCUCCCUACUAAUUCUUUUACCACCAAACAGUCCGUAUACUGUACCCAGGCCACCAUGUCUUGUACACAACUUCAUUGGUCCACUCGUUGGUUUUUGUAUCCUUGCCCCAAUUAUUUUCUUUGGCACUAUUCUCAAAAUGUAUUGUGAUUUGGGACCGAUUAACUAUGACUACUUGUUUUUUGUGUGA